AUGAAGCUUUGUUCUGUUUCUUUCAUCUUCGGCUUGAUAGCUCUUCAGCUUCUACCUCUGUUCACAUUAGUUAAUUGUCAGCAAGCUAUGGAUUCGUGCAACUCAACUCUACCUCUCAAGGAUCUAGACUUCGACUCGAGCCUCCUUCAAUGCGUGGAAGUUUGGAGAUUCCAAAAUUACAUCCUCCGAUAUGCUAGAACGGUGGAAAACACAUGGACUUUCAUAUUAUCAGCCCCUGAUUCCAGUGCCUACGUUGGGAUCGGAUUCUCUACCAACGGUAGGAUGGUCGGAAGCAGCGCCAUCGUCGGGUGGAUUACUUCCGACAGCAAGAGCGGAAGCGCGAAACAGUACUUACUCGGAGGGCAAUCACCUGGUGAAGUGAUACCUGACCAAGGAGAACUGAAGAUCGUCAACGGCUCGUUGAAGAUAGAGUCAGUGUCCUCGCGUCUUUACCUGAGUUUUCAGUUAACGGCGGAGCUGCCACGGGAAAGGCUUCUUUACGCUAUGGGUCCCAAAGGCUUCUUCCCAUCUUCGCCGGACUUUAGGUUGAGGGAACACCAUAAUACACAACGUGUGGCAAACCCUAAUCCAAAUAGUGUAAACCCUACCCGAGUGAGCCUGUGUAUAUAUUCUGAUUCCGGACCUGCUACAUUUGGACCAACCAUGUCUCCAGGACCAGCGUCGCCGCCGCCUUCUCCUUCAUCUGCCUACGGCCUCUCACCAUCUCUUCUCUUCUUUUGCAUGAGCCUCGUAGCUCUCAAAUUUUACUAA